GUCUGGCCAAUGUUUGGUUCUCUGCCUGGGUCUAUGAAAUAGACCCAGGACAGACAAAACGAACUUAUUAUAGGGCUUCUAGCUCGCUGCUUUCUGCUUUUUCGCCAAGAUGUGAAUUUCCCCUAAGACUGCGUUCCAAAUUGUAUAUUUGCAGUACUGGCCGUGAAGUUCGGAACGCAGUCUAUAUGAAAAGAUAGCGGAAAAAGAUUGCACGCGCACAUAUAUGUAAACAAAAAACUAACCUCUGUUUUUUAUUUAUAACAGCAUCAUAACCGUAAUAAUUAUUUCAAUUAGGUGGAAGACGCGUCCAUAGUGAGAAAAAAAUUUAUAAUAUGAAAAAUAAAAUAGCGACUCAAUUGCCAACUGUAUCUCCGUCGCUUUCCCCUUGGAUAAUUCUGAUUUUAUCACUUUGUUUUAUUAACAGUUAUGAUGGGGACUUUGUUUUUGAUGAUACUGAAGCUAUUGUCAAUAAUAAUGAUGUAAGCGAUACACCGCUCUGGGAAGUAUUCCAAAAUGACUUUUGGGGCACUAAGUUAUCCCACAAACAGAGCCACAAAUCAUAUAGACCUUUGACCAUCUUGAGUUUCAGAUUACAAUUUUGGUUACGACAAGGUUUAGUUUCGCAGGACUAUCAUAUAAUAAAUAUAAUAUUACACAGUGUGAUUUGUCUGUUAACUUUUUUUGUGUACAAUAUAUUUCUGGGACCGGAGGGAUAUAGUACCUCAUUUUAUGCAGCAGCUUUAUUUGCGGUUCAUCCAAUUCAUACAGAGGCUGUAUCUGGAAUUGUUGGACGUGCUGAAUUACUAAGCAGCUUGUUUACCUGGCUAUCAAUCUUAUUAUAUAGCCAUACGAUUCAGGCGAAAGACAUAUUACAUGUAUGGGCCGCUAUGUCCGGUUUCACUAUUUGUAUAACUGCAGCGAUGUUGUGUAAAGAAACCGGAAUUACCUCUAUCGGCAUUUGCGCAGUAUAUGAUAUAGUUAUCGUGAAUAAAAUAUAUCCGAUCGACGUAAUUAAUUUUUUUUCGUUUAAACGUACUGAUAAAAAAUCAAAUAAUUUUAUUAAAUAUAAAAAUACUUUGCUACGACUUGCCGCACUCAUUUUCAUUGCGAUAACACUUUUACUUCUAAGAUUUAGUGUCAUGGGUUUCUCUACUCCAAAGUUUCAAUCGGUAGAUAAUCCAGCGUCUUUCAUGGAUAACGUAUUGCUACGUAUACUUAAUUAUAACUAUAUCUAUUGCCUGAAUAUGUGGUUAUUUAUAUGUCCCGUCUGGCUCUGUUUUGACUGGUCGAUGGGCUGCGUCUCUCUGAUCACCGGCUACGAUUACAGAAUUCUUGUGGUCAUCGUUUUCUGGUUCGUAUUUGGGACAUUAAUUACGUACAUGUUUAUCUCUCACAAGAACAAGACUUUAAGAUACGUAAUUAUGGGACUUGCGAUAUUAAUCUGCCCGUUUUUACCAGCUAGUAAUAUUUUCUUCACUGUCGGAUUUGUCUUGGCGGAGAGAAUAUUGUAUAUUCCUUCGGCAGGAUAUUGUUUAUUAGUUAUUAUUGGCCUGCAGAAACUCACUGCUCGAUUUUCUUUGUCUAAGACAUCGUUACAAACGUACGCAAUACUUAUUGUAUUAUUAUUCAUACGUUCUUGGAUGAGGAGUAAUCAGUGGAGAAAUGAGAAGCUGCUUUUUCAAUCGGCGUUAGACGUAUGUCCUUUGAAUGCAAAAGUACAUUAUAAUAUCGCGAAAAAUGCUGCGGACGAGGGAAAUGUUGAUCUUGCCAAAUUGGAGUAUCAAGAAGCUUUACGAUUAAAUCCAAAUUACGCUCAAGCUAUGAAUAACCUUGGCAAUUUACUCAAAGACGACGGGCAACUUUUGGAGGCUAUAAGUUUGUUUAAACAAGCUGUUAAUUUACAGAAAGACUUUUCUACGGCAUGGAUGAAUCUAGGUAUAGUCCAGUCGGCACUGAAAAAAUAUGAGGAAUCAGAAGCGAGCUACUUCACAGCUUUACAAUACCGAUCAAAUUAUCCAGAUUGUUAUUAUAAUCUAGGUGUAUUAUAUCUGGAACAAAAGCAACACGAUAAGGCGUUGAAGGCUUGGAUAAACGCAACUAGACAAAAGCCCACGCAUAAACGAGCGUGGACAAAUAUGAUACUGCUACUAGAUGAUUUAGGUAAAACAGAAGAAGCAUUAAAAACAGCAAAUGAAGCUUUGAAAUUUAUUCCAAAUCAUGCCUCUAUUUAUUUCAACGUUGCUAAUAUUUUGGGGAAAAAAGGAAAAUACAAGGAAGCAGAAAUCCAAUUUAAACGAGCGAUCUCAGAAGAUUCUACAUCUCCCAUGAUUUACGCAAACUUAGAUGAGCAGACCUUUUCAAGUUGAAACUGAUAAAAGAAGAACACGUUUAAUCUAUCAUCCAUUUAAUUUUCUUCUACAUGAUGAAUAUACAUAGAAAAUAAGUUGAUCUGUGUCCAAGUAUUUUGUGCGAUGAUCAAAGUAAAUAGUAUUUAAUAUUUCCAAUUUUAAUUCAUAACAUAGGUUAUAAAGCUUAAAGAAAAACGUUUUGGUAAGCAGUGCUACAUAACACAAUUGAGAAACGUGAAACUUGAUAAUAGCGUAGACAUACAAAACCGAAAUCUGUGUUAAAGUCUCUUGUUAAAUUUUAUUUAAAUUCUUUUUUAAGUAUUUAAUAUGUACCCCUGUAACAUUUUUUGCAUUUGCAAAUGUUGCAACAAGUUAUCUUAGCCGAAAAGCUGAAAAUAAGAAACAUAUUUCGUUAAUGCUAAUUUUGUUAGCAUACUUCCAUCAAUUUGCAACAAUUUCUGUCGUCAAAUUAUAUGACAGAGUACAGUGCUGACAACUUAAGAAGAACACGACAUUCGUAUUAAUUUGAAUGUGGAAUUUCCACACGCGGAGUUUGACUAUUUUUUCCAAAAUUAUGUAAGAUAAAUAUCACGGUCGAACAUUUAAGAGCUAAUCCUUAUUGAAAACAAUUUUUUAAAAUAAAAAUGAUACUUUUUAAAUGUCUUUUUAUACACAUAAUAAGAAUUACACUUAAAUAAAAGAAAUAAAAGAAAAAAUUAUAGUCGUUAAGGAAUCAUUAUAUAUGUAUGCGAAUUUCAUUGAACUAAACUUAGGACCACUAAAAUAAAUUUAUUCGUUAAUUUACUGUUAUAUUCAUUUUUAUUUUGUUAUUUACAUAAACGAGCUGGUUUUAUUGUUAAAAAAAAUUAUUAUCAAUUUGUUAAAUAUCAGUUUAUUAAAUAUUUGUAAACAGUUUUGUACAUGUAUAUGUACUAAUGGACAGCUUAAAAUAUCUGUGUCCCAAUAUCCGGACACAAUUUGUCCCAAUGUCCAACUGCAAUGUGACGAUCAGUUUGCUGAUAUUAGAUAUAUAUAAAAAAAAGGAUUUUUUGAUAGUACAAUUUAUAAUUAUGUAAAAUUAAUUCAAAAACCUGAUAUUGAUCUGUUUUUGCUUCUGGAAACAGAUUUGGUUUGUAUUUAACACCAUUUUGCCAGAUCUAACAGAAAAUCUGAUCUGCGUUUGGUAUGAAUCUAUAAGCGCUUUGCGAUAAACAUCUUCUCAAAAUUUAUUGUCAAACUAUCAUCAUAUUGCUAUUGUCAGAUUUUCUUUAGUCACUGAUGUUGUCAAUUUAACUGCGGAAUAUGUUCUUUAAAUUUGGUUCAUAUUGGAGACCAUCAUGUCUCUUUGCAUCAUGUUGAAAACGAUAUAGGGGCUACAGUAAGCCCUGGUUUUUUGUAUUAUUGGGAAAUUCGAUGUGUCAUUACGCUACCUAGCGGGGGAAAUUCGAAUUAGCGCGGGUAAGUAGCUCUGUCCGUGUUUAUAUGGCAAUUAGUCGAAUUUGAAUACAAAUUGCAAUACAUAAUAAGUUAUGGAGUUCUCACCGCAAAAAAAUAAAAGCAAUAUUUUUUGUUGUGUCUUUGGUUGCACUUGUAGUCAAGCUGAAAUGACGCUGUUGGAUUUUUUCAUUUUCCUGAAGAAGGCAAAAAUCUCGUUAAAUUCAUAAACAAGUUUAAUACAGAGAAAGCAAUUGAUCGUCGAACAGCGUGGAUCAAAGUAUUAAAAAUGGGAAAAGGGUUUCUGCUUCCAUGAGAGUGUGCUCUCUUCAUUUUACAAUAGUGAAAACCAUACAAGAAGCUCAAAAGAAGUAUAGUCCAAAAAAGAAAGGGAAAGAGAGAAUUAGCGAAAACACACGAAGACUUAUAGAAAAAAGAAGACUCUUAAGAAGCAAGCAGAACUCAAGGAGAUAAAUAAGAGAACAACUAAAGCAAUCAAAGAGGAUCUUCGACAAUAUAAACAAAAAAAAACCAGACAAACUAUAGAAGAAAAUAAAAAUCUCAGAGUAUUAAGAAGAAACCUUGGUAAAGGCAAAAUAGAAAUGAUAAUGCUACAGAAUAGAAAUAAGGAAAUGCCUCAUAACAAGGACAGAUUAAUUGAAAUAGUGGAGAAAUUCUAUGGAGAACUGUACAGCCGAUAUAAUGAAAACUUCACACAAUUACCUAUAACAGCAGAAAGAGGAAUAUUGAACCGGGUUCCGAGGACAUGCCUGAAAUAAUCGAAGGCGAGAUUCAACAUGCUCUUAGGAAAAUGUAAAACAAUAAGGAGACGACGAAGUAGUCACAAUUAAAAUUAGAGGAGAAAUAAUGAAGAAAAUAAAGACACUUUUUAACUUAAAUCUCCAGGAUGCAACUAUUCUUAAGAGAUAAAACAAUGCUGUGAUGAUUUUACUCCAUAAAAAAGGUGAUAAAACGAACCUAGAGAAUUACAGAUCGAUCAGCCCAUUAAACCACUGUUGUACCGACGGGUGCAACAAGAUAAAAUAUUCGGGAUUCGGUCCGUCUGAAGGGUUGAAAUUCACGAGGACACUUGGAGAAAAACGUGCGGGGUGGCAAAUAACACUUUCUUAUUAACACUUUUAUUCCCCAAACUUUUGUUAUAAUUGAUUUCCCUUUUUAAUAUAAUCGAAUUGCGGUGAACGGUUCACGUGUUAUCGCGCACUCGGCCGCUGGAUGUGUUGCGGGGUGUCGGGAGACCGACUUAUCGCGGAGCGCGUAUGUGCCGCACGUACUUUACAUUAAGAAUCUCCCGCUGCCCAUAAUUAGACAGCUUAACUUAUAGUUUCGGUAUUCCCGAUAUGGUGGGGCAUUAGGCCCUCGCGAUGACCAUAUAUGGCCAUACUUGCGUCAAUUAUUUGAUGCUUACGCUGCUCGUGGCGUGUUUGUUUCUAAGCGGAUAUGCAAGACGAUUAAAGUAGCUAAUGAGGCUACCACCUUUACAAAUAACACUACCUUUACAAACUUAUUACUA